AUGAUAACUUUUUUGCGCCUCAUCCGGUCGCGCCCCUUGACACCUUUGCAAGCUUCCUAUUUUUGGGAUAUCCCAGUCACCGUGUUUCUCCCUUGUACCAUUCUCGGGGACCUCGCGAUCAGUGAAAUUCGUUAUGCAGGCGAAAGCGGUGAGCAGGAAUACGCCGUGUUGAAGCUGCCCCACAGCUUUGAUACUUCGGCUUUCCAUUUUCCCCCUGGAAACUAUGCAAAGGUGGUCGUUGACGCCAAGCGUUCGGAUGGCGCCUCGGUGCUAGACUUCAGUAAUCUUCGCACUUUAGAGGCCAUCGUGAGUUUGUCAAGAACGGUUGCAUCUUUGCAACGGAAAACGCUUGAAACUCUCCGUUACCGAGUAAAUUUCUUACAAUACGAAUGCGCAAAUCUCGCCGAAUGGAAGAAGAAAAUCCCCUCGUCGACAUUGAAAAGAUUAGACUUCGUUCUCAGCGUUGAACCUAGAUUCCGAGAUCCUCUGUGUGGACUUGCAUCAGAUGUUGUCGAGAUAAAAAGAUCAAUUUCAGUACAAAAAAAACUGAGCAAGCUUCCCAAACACUUUCCAAGAUACCCUAGUCGAAAUCCGUUCUCAACACAAUAG